AUGAGGGCUGCAGGAGUAAAAUACAAAUUCCGAACAUUAAGGCUCUCUCCCACUAGCACCACUACAGGUACCAGAGCACUGCGAAUACCAACCACCACUGCCAGCAAGCCACCAAAAUGUUUAGUUCCGUAUUCCCCAUCAUCAUGCCCGUUCCUGCGAGUGGGCCACCCAUUGGCUCUGAGCAAAGCAAGCAGCAUUAGGGGUCUUGCAGCUGUAGCGGUUGCUCCAGCUGUUCCGGAGGAGCCAGAUAUCAUCCCGCAGGAGGAAAUUCUCGCAAAGAUGGAUCCCAAAGAAAUGGCUCGAUUGGCGAGGGUCCGGAAUAUCGGGAUUGCUGCGCAUAUCGAUUCUGGAAAAACUACAUGUACGGAACGAGUCCUCUUCUACACUGGUAGGAUCAAGUCCAUCCACGAAGUCCGCGGCAAAGACGCCGUCGGCGCAAAGAUGGACUCGAUGGACUUGGAGCGAGAAAAGGGCAUUACCAUCCAGUCUGCUGCUACCUUCUGCGAUUGGGUAAAGAAGGAGAAUGGCGUUGACGAGAAAUACCAUAUCAACUUGAUUGAUACUCCUGGGCAUAUUGAUUUUACGAUUGAGGUCGAGAGAGCUCUGAGAGUUCUUGAUGGUGCGGUUAUGAUUCUCUGUGCUGUUUCCGGGGUGCAGUCUCAGACUAUUACUGUUGAUCGUCAGAUGAAGAGGUAUAAUGUACCCAGGAUAUCAUUCGUUAACAAGAUGGACCGUAUGGGGGCGAAUCCUUGGAAGGCUAUUGAGCAGAUAAAUAGUAAGCUGAAGAUUCCUGCUGCGGCCAUUCAGGUACCCAUUGGUGGGGAAGACUCUUUCCAGGGUGUUGUUGAUUUGGUUGGGAUGAAAGCUAUUUUCUUCGAAGGUCACAAGGGUAUCGAUGUAAUUGAAAAGGAGCUCUCAGAGAUUCCAGCAGAGGUUAAGAAACUCGCCGAGGAGAAGCGGGAAGUUCUCAUUGCAGCACUGGCAGAUGUUGACGACACAAUUGCAGAACUUUGGCUAGAGGAAAAGACACCCACUCUGGAGCAGAUUAAGGCAGCCAUUCGUCAAGCGACUCUUGCAAGAAAAUUUACUCCAGUGCUUAUUGGUUCUGCUUUGGCAGAUAAGGGUGUCCAGCCGAUGCUCGAUGCUGUUUGUGACUACCUCCCCAACCCAUCUGAUGGCAACUUCGGUCAAUUGACUUAUAUUCGUGUGUACCAAGGAACCCUUAAGAAAGGCAUGCACUUCUACAAUGCAAAGUCAGGGAAAAAGAUUAAGGUUCCGAAGAUUGUCCGAAUGCACUCUGACGAGAUGGAGGAAGUGCCCUCAAUCGGAGCUGGAGAAAUCUGCGCUGUGUUUGGUGUUGACUGUGCCUCUGGCGAUACCUUCACUGACGGUGGUCUCCCCUACUCCAUGACCUCAAUGUUCGUCCCCGACCCCGUAAUUUCUCUCUCCAUCAAACCCAAAAACAAGGAAACAGCAGCCUUCUCCAAAGCUAUGAAUCGCUUCCAACGCGAAGAUCCAACUUUCCGCUGUAAAGUCGACCUAGAAUCCCAAGAAACCAUCAUAUCGGGAAUGGGCGAACUCCACCUAGAAAUAUACGUGGAGCGACUCCGGCGCGAAUACGGCCUCGACUGCGUAACCGGAAAACCUGAGGUGGCCUACCGCGAGACCAUUGAUUCCCGCCAGGAAUUCGACUACGUCUUCAAGCGCCAGACCGGCGGCGCCGGAGACUACGCACGCGUGAUGGGCUACAUGGAGCCCACCCGCGACCCGGAAGGCAAGAAUCAUUUCGAAGAGCAAAUCGUCGGCGGCCACAUCUCGGAGAAAUUCCUCUACGCCUGUGAGAAGGGCUUCCUGAAGUCGACGGAGAAGGGUCCCAUGAUCGGGCACAAGGUGCUGGGCACGCGCAUGAUCAUCAACGACGGCGCAACGCACAUGGUCGACUCGAGCGAGAUGUCAUUCAAGAUGGCGACGGAGUACGCCUUCCGUGACACCUUCAAGCUCGCCAACCCGAUCAUCCUCGAACCCAUCAUGAAGGUGGCCGUCUCCGCGCCCAACGAAUUCCAGGGAAACAUCGUUGGCCUCAUGAACAAGCGCAACGCCGUCAUUGAGGACUCCGAAAUUGGCGCCGACGAGUUCACACUUACGGCUAUGUGCUCACUGAAUGCCAUGUUCGGCUUCUCGAGUCAGCUGCGCGCGGCGACUCAGGGGAAGGGCGAGUUUAGCAUGGAGUUUAAGGAUUACCUGCCCACGCCACCGCAACUGCAGAAGGAGCUCAUCGCCAAUUUCGAGAAGGAGAGGGCCAGGAGGAAUGCUACUAGAUAGGUGAUUGUGAAUGCGAAGGGUAUAUUUUUUGUGGACCCGAGCAGGGGGGAGAGGAAGGGGGAGAAAAAAAAGAGAAGAUAUAUACCGGCUGGCGCACUUUACGAAACUGUUUGGCUUUCCUUCUUCCCUUCUUUCUCACCUUUUUUCUCUAUUUCCCUUAUUUAUUUCCGUUACUGUUCUUUUUUCCAUUUCCGAGGUUGGAGGUGGGCAGAUGUAGCUUAGAUCUCACUGUUCGGGCGGAUCCACAGGGUCCGGUAUGGCAUGGGCAUGAUACGAAUUGGUAUAGAAUAGAUUAUCUUCCUUAUUUCUGUCGA